AAAAAAAAUAAAGUUUUAAUCUGAAUAUAUCCGAGACCCAGCUCUCUGUCCAGAUCAAUUUAGACCUUCAGAGACACCAUACGUGUCAGUAUUAUAUUGGUUACGUUUUUUUUUUCGUUUUUUUUUCUCUUUUCUUCCUUUGCUUCUCAUUCUCUUUCCAUUCAAUUAAAACGAUGAAAACAAGGAAAUCAAACCGAUCGGAGUUCUUCACUGAUCUAACUCGCUCGUCAGAUUCAUAUCCUCCUCGGCGUCUUCAUCCUUCAUCUUCUUCCCUCUAAGUCACCAUGUAUCGUUUCGCUUCUAACCUCGCCUCCAAGGCAAGGAUUGCUCAAAACAUUCGAUUGGUUUCGAGCAGAAUGAGCUGGAGCAGGAACUAUGCAGCCAAAGAAAUUAAGUUUGGUGUUGAAGCUUGAGCUUUGAUGCUUAAGGGUGUUGAAGAUCUUGCUGAUGCUGUUAAAGUCACCAUGGGUCCUAAGUUUUUGAAGGGACGUAAUGUUGUGAUUGAGCAAAGUUGGGGUGCUCCUAAAGUGAUAAAAGAUGGCGAAAGCAGAACAACUGAGAGCUGAAAUUGAACAAAUGGAGAAGGUAACAGACAAGGGUGAUGAAGAGUUAUACAACAAGCUUGAUAUGGCUUAUGCUUCUAGCGACGAGGAGACAGACGAAGAAGAAGAUGAUGAUGUCGAUGCAUUUUCAGAGACUUAUGCAGAAGGAGAAGAUGGUGAGAAUGUAGCAGAAGGAGAACUAUCUGAUACUGAUGAUGAAGAUUGGGAUUCAAAUGAAUCAGAAACCGGAUUUGGUGAUGAUUCUGCUGUACUUGACGCAGAGGAUCUUCAAUCAAAAUCAAAAGAUCUGCCGAGCAACAAAGUUCGUUUGUAACUUUAGCAUUAAGCUUUUAGGAGCUGUGGCAUUAUGAUUAGUAAAUUUGUAAAAUGUAUCUUAAAUGUUUCAACAGAGGUAUGCCAUGUUAUAAAAUUGAAAGCAAGAGACACUAAUAGGAUGACUAA